AUGUAUUCACGACCUGCGAAACGCACGUUUGUCCUGUCGUACAUGCAGAAGCCCGCAUACACAGACAGCAUUGUCUCCACCAUCGACAUCUUGAGAUCACAGGAACAGGCUAUCGUCAUGUCAUCGCCCGCAACAGAAUCCAAGAACGCAUCGGAUACAGAAUGGCCAGUCCAAAAGGCGAAGAACGGCCACAACGACUGGGUCGUGAACGGAAGGAUCAAGACCGCGAAGUGCGAUACAUGUGACGAACGUGUUAAACAUCACAGCUGGAUCUGCAGCAGGUGUAACAAGCACAUCUGCUCCGAGUGCGCAGACGAGUCCGGCAGGAGCAAGCCCAUUCACAAAUACACCGCGAAACACCAGCUCAGUGCCAAGUGCUUCUGUGCCUGGCCGAGUAACCAGGCACCAGGUUUCGCGCGCAAGCUUCGGGACCUUGGACUCCUGCCAGCUAUUGGCUCGGCUGCGUCAGUCCAGGCAUCAAAUAUAUUGAGCCCCCGGCUAGAUGGUUCUGUGGGUAAGCCGAAGCGUCCUUUGAGUACUUCUGACGAUGUGGCCUUGGUGAAGAAGCAGAAAACUGGCUUGGAUGCGACACAAGCAUUCGCGCCGACGAGGGCGUCGGUCAAGCCAAAUCGCAACACCGCCAGACCAGUCAGGUACAACGAGGAGAGCGAUGACGACGAGAGGAGAGCACCACCCGCCAAGAUAAGUCGUCUUCCUCGGUUGAAGCGCAAUUCGCUAGUCCGAGCAGCGCCUUUGGUAGAGGAUGAUGAAGCUAUCAGCUCGUCGGAAGCAGACGAGCCUGAGGAGCACAUCGAGAACGCCGCACCUCUUCCAUGUGCCCACCUCAAUGAGUGCAGCACGGUCAUCGUUGGUGGUGGCAUAGUCGGUCUCUGUGUCGCUUUCGAGCUUUCCCGGAAGUGUCGUGCUACAAAGACAAGACACAACAUCACGAUCGUCGAGAUCCGAAGCGACUGCUGCAGCCUCUCGACGGCAUCCGGCAGCUGUGCAGGCAUCCUGAGCGGAUUACACCUGGACAGGAAAUUUGAGCCAUUGGUAGCUCAGGCGGAAGAAGCUUGGGAGGAUCUAGAGGAGAUCUUCAAGCUGAUUGGCGAUACUGCUUCUGUGAACUUCAAGCGCGACAAUGUCCUUGGUGUAUACACACAUAAAGGGCAAGGCCACAAAAAGAAGCCGACUUGGUAUCAUGGCCACGAGAUGGACAUCUUCGAUGCUGAGGAGAGCCACACCGGCAAGAUUGAUACGCAGGAGUUCGCACGUUGGCUUGAAGCGCAAUGCAAGAAGCUUGGGGUCCGUUUCGUCCACAAUCACCAUGUUGUAAGUGUCUCAUCAAGCGCCAAAAACACCAUCAAGAAGGUGUGCUUGAUGUCAGUCACGCCACCAGAAGCGGCUUCAGCUAGCGGUUUGGCUGCUGCGAGGACGGAAGAUGGAGAAAUCCAAUACCUCGACUGCCAAAGCCUAGUACUGGCGGCAGGCCCAUGGACUACAGGUAUCCUGCAAAACGUACUCUUCGAGGACGACGUGGCCUUGUCAAACAACGUGCAGACUGCAUAUGCGUACUUGAUCGACACGGAGAUGGCUUCCAAGGCUGACAAGGACGAUGUCGGCCUCCUCUUACCUUUCAUCGCCCAGGACGACAAGUACAUCGAGCCUAGGGUAGGCCUGGCUGCUCAUGUGCCAAAGAAGCAGGUCACCGUCUUUGGGACGGCCAAGCAAAUAGAAGAUGUGCAUCUCUCCAUGCAAGAUGCUCUCGAUCCCAGCCUCGACGAUGCGAAACCUUUCGGUCGCAUCCGUGAGUAUGCUGGUAAACGCCUUGGUCCUACAGAUGGUAAUGGGCAGUAUCAGUUCGAGGCGAAGAAUGUGAGAACUCGGUAUGCUAAGGUCUCAACGUCAGCUGGAGGGCUUCCUUUUGACGCCAACUUGCCUGCAUCUGGCCCUGGCACUGCUGCUUUUACUGACCAGAUGGAGAGACCAGAUGGCAUUUGGCUGUGCUUUGGCUUUGGUAUGCACGGCACUCUUCUUGGGCCUGGUGCAGCGCAUGCUCUUGUCUCAAAAAUGUUCAGCCAGCCAGCUGCAAACAGCGAUGCGAUCCCAACUCGGCCCAAGCGGGUGUGA